CUCUCUUUCAAACUUGACGUUCGACUCAAAGCCAGGCUCCAGCGCUCGUUUCGCUCCAGUUCGUCAGACAGAACUUGUCAAAACAAAAUGACGUGACGGGAAAACUUUGGUGCCUUGUGGUGGACGCUAAGUUAUUCGAUAUCUUAUUAUGAACUUUUUGAAAGUCAAUAUUGUGUUGAGUCUUGUUUUGUUGAUCUCGGGUUCGCUGAUGGCUGACCUAGGACAAGCUGGAGCCGUAGAGGAUAGCACAGAUGAUGACGAAUCACUGCAAAUUGAUUUUGGUGACCUUUCUGAUGAUGACAUUGCUAUUGAGGAUGCUGUUAGGCAAGCUCAUCCUUCAUUUAGACAUGCCGUGUCAAUUCAGGAAAGGGCUGCUGAGUUUCUGUGCUAUGUUAAAGAAAUAUGUCAUACUACUGAGACCGCUGUAGAGAAUGUUGUUUCUGGUGUUGAUUCGUUAUUUAGACUAUACAACCAGUUUUUGAAGUCAAAAAUUCUAGCACUCUCGGAUGAUGACUCGGUUACUAAAGCAGACAUUGAGUCUCUAUUUGAUCUUAUGGACCAGCAAACUUUAUUUGAAGGUGUUCAAACACUCCAUAGAAGAAAAAAAUACCAAGCUGCUAAGUGGAAGUGCCUUGUACCAAUCAAGAUAGUUCUUUCAUGGAAGAGAGCUAUCCUUCAUGGUAAAGUUCAAGAGAUCCCGGAGCAAUUUGGAUAUUAUGUUGACUUCUUGAAGCAGCUUGAAGCACUUUUGCAGUGUGAUGACAUUCUUGACUGCAUUGACAACCCUAAGAAGUUCUCUGCUGAAAAACUAUGUUGCAUAUUAGAUGGACAGUACUACCAAACCCACCCAGUAAAAUUGAAACAUCCAAGAUCCACUUUCCUUGGGUUUAUUUUUUAUACUGAUGAUGUUUCUCCUGGGGAUACUCUUACUAGUUACCAUGGUCAUAACUUCAGAAAUUAUUUGUGGACACUGGCUAAUAUACCUCCAGAGCUGAGAGCAUCACUACGUGCCAUCAAUAUUUUUGCUAUUGCAAAGUCUUCUGUUGCCAAGGAAAAUAAUGAAGCUUUUCUUAGAAACUUUAUUUAUGCAAUGAACCGUCUUAGCAGUGAUGAAGGAGUCACACUAAUUAUUAAAGAGAAGCCCCGAGUAUUCCAUGGAUGCUGUAUAUGUGGUGUUGGGGAUUAUCCUGCAAGUGCAAACAUCGGCGGAUUUAAGGAGUCUUCAUCAAAGGCUUUUCGCCCUUGCCGUCGGUGUAUGAUUACAAACCCUGAACUUUCCAAAAUAUUUUAUGAAUCUGAUGUCACACUCCGAACUGAUGAGAUGCAUGUAAAACAUGUUGAGGCAGUUGAAAACCAUUAUGGAAAAGGUAAAACACCAACUGAAGAUGAGGGAACAUCAACAACCCCUAUUCAGGGAUCAUCAAAGGAUCCUUCUGUUCUCUAUGGUGUAAAUAAUAGAAGUCCACUCUUGCAACUGAACCACUUUAGUAUUUCAGUUUGCUUACCUCAAGACAUCAUGCAUAUAUUUUUAGAAGGAAUAUUGUCAACAGCUUGUCGUUUUCUGAUCAAGCAUGCUAUUGAAGACAAGAAAUUGAAACUUAAACUGGUGAACAACUUCAUUCGUGACCAUGACUAUGGAAAGUUCAAAACUGACAAGCCAUCACCAAUCACACCUGAUCACUUGAAAUAUGGAUUGAAACAAAGUUCAUCACAGAUGCUUAUGUUGAGCUCAUUAGUUCCAUUCAUGGUAGCAGGACACUGUGAUGCUGCAAAACUGAAGAACUUUGUGCUCCUUCUAAUGAUUUUUGGUUUGUGUGUUGCUCGUGAAGUAACAUUAGAUCAAGUUGCGCUUCUCAGAGACAUGAUUGGACAGUAUCUGAUGCAGUUUAAUGCUCUGUACCCUAAUUGCUUUGUUUCCAAACACCACCUCUUGAUACACCUACCUUCCCAAAUAAUUCAAUUUGGACCUUUGGUUGAGACCUGGGCUAUGAGGUUUGAGGCUUAUCAUGCCCAAUUGAAGAGACUGCAUAAAAUUUUGCACUCAGCUAAGAACUUAAUAUUUUCUUUGAUUUCAAGAACAUUAACCAAACAAGCCUUUCUCAUCCAUCUUCAUGGUCCCACCUUCUUGACCAGCUCGGUCAUUAAAGCUACACCAGCUGGUCAAAUUUUGUUGAGUGCCUUACCUUUUAAAGAAUGUAUUAUGUCUGCUCUUAGUGGCCUCACAAAUGAGACUAAAGUUGGUGAACUAUCCACACUAGAGUGGUAUGGGCAGAAGUUUGAACAUGGUACCUUCAUCAAAGUUCCCUCAAAACCUGAAGAUGACAUCUUUGCAGCUGUUGUAAAGAUUUACCAAAUAAAUUCAGAUUAUGUGCUCAUCUACCGAAACUUCAAGACACUUAGUUUCUGUGUGGAAUUUAAUGCAUUUAAAGUUCAAUGUCCUCAGUUCAGCUGUUUCAGUGCAUUGAACCUAACUAAGAAUUACUGUCUUGUACCUGUUAUGCAUUUUAUUGUGAAUGGCACUGAUUAUGCUGUUUUGCGCCAAAACAAUUCACCCAAGUUCAGCAUGCUGGAUUAACCAAUAUUUUGCCAUUGAAUUUUUAUUCUGAUCUUACUUUUGAACAUGUUAAUCUUUGCUCAAUUCAUUAGUUUUAUGGUGGUUCAACUUACCCCCCCUGUGAUAUUUAGCUUUUUUUACAACAUUUUGUCUAAUUUUUGAGUGAACAAAAUAAAUUGUCUGUUUUGUAUACUUUUC